CGGAAGUACCGUGGACCGUUGUUUUGCUAAUGAGUAGCUUAGAUGCUAGCCCUCUAUAAGAAGCGCCUGUGUAUGGUGUUUUUCCUGUAACUGUCGACAAGUAAACAACACCCAUGGUCAGGUAAGGUUAUUAUUUUUAAGCUGAAUAAAAUAUCAUUGCACUCGUAUUGUUUGGUCCGAGGUUAAGGUCCUUUAUGAUGCCUAAUCGUGUACUUUAUUCCCAUUGAUCGCUCAGCUGUUGAGUAACUGCAGCUGCUGCUUUAAUGUUAACAUUCGCUGUCAGCACAUAUUGAACAUAUGUACAUAUUGAGACAGUGACAUUAAAAACCUUAGCGUUACGUGUGCUCAGUUCUGAUUUUGCGAGUAUUUUCAUGCAUUGUCAUGUGAUAGUCAGAUGACAGGGGUCGUGAAGUGUGAUAUGGUCAGGAGGGAGGAGGAUUUCACCCCCAUACCAAAGUCACAAAUAAAGUUAUACGCUACUUUUUUCAGUGUAAAACUAGAACUAGUUGCAUAGUUCUUUUCGAUCAUUAUUCUGUAUUUUUUAUGUCUCUAGGAUGACUCAAAAGCACUGCCUGGAGGGCCAGGUGUACUCAGUGCCACUCAUUCAGCCAGAUCUGAGAAGAGAGGAGGCGGUCCAUCAGAUUGCAGAUGCUUUAUUUUACUUGGAGACCAUAUCUACAGAUAUUUUCAAAAGGUAAAUCAAGAAACACACACACACACACACACACUCACAAUGCACUCAACACAUGAGAGGCAGAGGGAAUAGCUCAGACUUAUGACCUUAAAUGAAAGUAACAGACAUAAAAAGUUACUUUACCAGCUGUCAGUCAUAAUAGACGACUUUCAUUGCAUCAUAGCAAUGUCAUGCUUAACCUGACACUGAAUGUAACACGAAAACAGCUUGAUAACCAGUUUAAUUCUUAACAAAAGAGGUUAUUUUUGAGUGUGAUAAAUUAAUAAGUUUAGAUGAUUCAGGAGGAGUAGCUUACCAAAUGUGUUUAUCGACAGAGCAGAAAAUGAUUGCUGACAAAACAGCAUCUGUUACAAGUAUUUCUGGACAUUUUUGUCAUAGUUUUGCUACUUAAUGAAAAGAGAAGCUGACAUACCAGGAAAAUAAGGCUUUGGAUUUAUAUAUCUCACCACAUUUUAUGCUAUAUAGCAGAUGGUCUGAGCAGAUGGUCCUGUCUGAUGCCCUGAAAAUAAAAGAAGUGUCUCCUGUAACUCCAGGAAGAGUGUGACAUUUAUCUACAGAUUGUUUUGUCAAUAUGUACUGUGGAAAGAUGAUGAAAUAGUAAUUAGACAAAUGUGUCCAAAGAUCAAUAAGUCGCUUUGUAGUGUUUGUAAUUUACCUUUCUGUGGAAUGGAUGGGUUGCUGUCUUCUCUUUUCUCUGUGUGCAGCACAGUUUUCUCUGCUUUUGGUCGUAUCUGUGCAGUUAUGUGUGCAGUUUCAUAUUGGUGUGUAUAUGUGUGUACCUUUUCAGGGUGUCUGACAGCGUAGAAAAGAACCGCCAGCAGCUGCAGGGUGUCACUGACCGGAUCAAACUAGCUCAGGCUCGUGUUGACAAGAUCAAAGGCAGCAAGAAGGCCACCAAGGUAACGAAGCAUCUUCACUUUUGGGAGGAGGCUCUUGACAUUGCAUUUUGAUUCCCAGUACAAAUCAGUGAUGCCAUUUCUGCUUUUGUCUGUGUGUGCAGGUCUUCUCAAGCGCUAAAUACCCGGCCCCUGAUCGACUUCAGGAUUAUUCAUCUAUUUUUACUGAGGCUACAGACCCCUCCUCACAGGCCCGUCCUCGUCUCAGGAUACAAAAUAAGCUCCGACCCUUUGAUGAGAAGGCUUUGCAGGUAAGGGAAAUACGUUCAAAUGCUGUUUGUAAAAGAUUUCCUGACAUGCAACACCUUCAAUCUCACAGCAGUAAGAAAGAGGGACUCUCAAGAGGCAUGGUUCCUCAGGGUGUUUAUAAGCACUAUAUUAAAGCCCCCAAAAGAUGGUGCUGCUGUUACUCAUGAAUAAAAAAGAAAGUGUAUUCCAGCCGGAUGGUUUCAAGGCCUUACAAUAAAGCUAACCCUGCUAAAACUUUGGGGACAAAACCAGGUCAUGAUGAUUUGCCGUUUAUAUGGCUUUUUGCUUACUGCAGAGGAUUGAUUCGACUCCCUCAGUGGUUUGAUAAAAUGAUACAUGUUUGUGUAGGCUGUAGAGACAAACUCCCAUGAUCCAAACAGAAUUUCUGCAGGUGUAAAGAGUGAAGCCAUUGUGCAGUUCAGAGGUAGAAUAAGCAUAGAAUAGAAUACUCUACAUUGCCUUUUUUAUACUAGUAAAAAGCACCACCAUUCUUGCCAGCCCAUAGACACUGUAUGCAGAUAAACAAGGAGUCCUACUUACCUUCAUUAGCCUUGAAAAAGUAAUCUUCUUAUAAAACUGUGACACAGGUUUGCGGCAUACAGAGGUGGAUAGAUGCUCUCAUAUGUAGAACAAAAGAGGAAAUACAGACAGCUAAUCAUAGGGUGAAGCAAUGACUUGAUGAUAGAAUAGUUAUAGACAAAAUGAGCUGCAUGAUUAAUUCAGUGGUCUGUCUGGUAUCAUAAUUAUCUCCAAAAAGAUGAAGAGAUGAAGCCAUGUCUAAACCUGAAAGCAAAACAUUCAGUCCAGUAUUUGUGAAGUGUUUUUUUUUAGGAUUCUGAGCUCUGAGUACAGACCAAAAGAAUCAGAUCACUUAUUCGAAAAGCCUUAAUUACUGGGGUUGACAGUUACCAGCAGGGUAGAAAACUCAAGCUAUCCAGAUGAGCUAGAGGUGAUUCUCCUUCACGUUUGAAAUGAGAAUAUUAAAUGGGAGUGGAACAGCUGGUGUCUUCUGAAUACCUCCCUGCCAAAAAAAGAGCAGAUUCUAUUUGAACUUGAACAACCUCAGGUCCAGACUGAGCCGUUAUGGUUCAGACCUAGAUCAGCAUCUUAACAUGGAUGGCUGUCGUAGUGCUUUCCUACCAUAUUUGUCUAAAUUUGCACAGAGUUGACACCACUGCCUCUAGGGCAGUAAAAGAACACUAACUUCACUUCGCUUCAAGUUAACCGCAAAUCUGACAUGAUCUCCUGUUUUCUCAUAAGAAGCAGCAUGCUCAUUAAAAAACAAACAUCGAUAUCUUAUCCUACUUUAAAAGUUCUCAUCCAGCACCUUAACUUUUUUUGCCACCAACUUUAUUACAGUAAUGUUAUUCUUGUAAACAUAAUAUGUAAUUAGAAGACUGUUACAUAAUAUAAAAUAACUGCUGUAAUCAUGGCAUUUGAGCUGUUAUAAUUAAAUCCUUUUUGGAUAGAUCCAUCAGGCCAUGGCAGCUUAUAUCACAGGUAAACUGAUAUGACAGGCAGAGCAGAGUCGCUCAAUUAUGAAUAAGCUUGCUAAAUGUUUUGCUGCAAAAACGAUUCCUGAGUAGGAGGGGGUCAAAAGAAGCUGGAAACCACAGAGAUGUGUGGAAAAAACAGUGUGUGCUGGUGUAAUUGUUUUCUUAGCUUCUCUGUGUGUGUUCCCUUGAACACACACCUGCCUUAUUUAAAGUGAACACCACAGAUUGUUGUUACCUUAUGAGCAAACUUAGAGAAAACCUGCAUAUUUUCUGCAUCGUAUACUCGCAAGUGUAUUGUGUGUGUCUGGGGGAAGAGAAAUGAAAAUUGCUGGCAAUUUUCUGUGGUGCUGAAAUGCAUUAUUCAGUACCUCUACGGAAGCAGCUUUCUGACCAUAUAAUUUGUUCUUACAGUGUUGUGAGUGACGGUGUCUCUGCUCAGAAGCACUUUGGUGGCAUUUGUGUUUUGAUUCAUUCAAGAUUUAGUUGACAUUCCACGGAUCUAAUUCUAGGUCUGCAUGUCUUCCUUUCAGGAGAAGUUGACGUAUUUCCCCGUGUGUGCAAGCAACAAAAAGAAGGCCGAAGAUGAGACAGAGGAAGGGCUGGGCAGUCUGCCACGCAACAUCUCAUCUGUCAGCUCCCUGUUGCUCUUUAAUACUACAGAGAACCUGUGAGUUGAUGAUAACACACAAACAGACACCGAUGCCCUCUAUAUACACUGAUUUGAUCUAAACCUGUUUUAUAAACCCUUGGACUUUUGUAUUUUAUCAAAGAUAUAAGAAGUAUGUGUUCCUUGAUCCUUUGGCGGGAGCGGUGACAAAAACACACACUACACUAGAGACCGAGAAAGAAGAGAAGCCGUUUGAUGCACCGUUGUCUAUUACAAAGAGAGAGCAACUGGAAAGACAGGUACAUUAUCCAUCCUUCGCAACCAAGGCACAUUUUCACUUCAACUUUCUUUGCCCUCAUGCACUACUCUACUUCAGUGGGGUUUUAAAGGAUCUGUACUUAACUCAAGUAUUUUCAAACAACCUUGGCCUUAUAUCUGAACAAAAGUAUAUGUACUGUGCACUCCUUACUGUCUUCAAAUGGGAUGAGAACAUGAUAGGAACAAUAUGAAAGACAUAUCUAAUCACAGUCAAUUCGGAGGAGCAAGAUAUUCGACAACUAAUUUACCCAUUUAGUAAAUUAAAGAUUGCUUUGGAUGUUAAUAAGAUUGCAUAUUUUAUUGAAUUUGAGGGAUUAAAAUAUCACAGUUUUCAAAUAUGACAUGAGGUUAGGUUGGCUUUGCACUGACACCGAUGAUCAAAAUGUCCCUUUGUGGACUAUUUCUUAUACUGUUGAAGUGUGACUUCCACUUGAGUAAAAAACAUUUGCUUCCACCAACUCUGUAAAACUGGUAAUGAGGAAUUAAAAAACUAAUGUGGACUGUUUUUCUUUCCAAACAGACAGCAGAGUCUUACUUCUAUGUACCAGACCUGGGUCAGGUGCCAGAGAUAGAUGUACCGUCUUACCUGCCUGACCUGCCAGGCAUAGCAGAUGACCUGUCCUACAGCGCAGACCUUGGGCCUGGUUUUGCCCCAUCAGGACCAACACAGAACAUCCCUGAGCUGCCCUCCUUCUCUGAGGAGAGUAUUGCACCUGGUACGUCCCGCACGCUCUCAACUAUCUGUUAAUGCUUCAGGUUGAUUCUAUGUUUGCUGAGAGAAGCUGAUGGCUUUUUCUCUUUUCAUUCCAGGACCUCAACUCCAACCGAAUGUCCCACCUCCUCCUCCACCUCCCCCUCCUCCCCCUCCACCACCAGAGCCUGGCCUUGCUCCCGCACCUCCAGCAGGAGCGCCACCUCCUCCUCCACCUCCACCUCCCCCUCCACCUCCCCCUCCUGCCGACAUCUCCACAGAUGCCUCUCCAGCACCAGGUUCAGGUUUUUAAAAAUCUGAAAAUUUAACCAGCUGCACACAAUUGACACACAACUGACGAACGGCAAACUCUCUUUUAAUUACAGGAGGCCUUGUGUCUGGAGCGCCUAGUGAGGUGGUCCAGCCGUCAGACGGCAGGGCCAGCCUCCUUGAGUCGAUCCGUAACGCUGGAGGCAUCGGCAAGGCAAAGUUACGCAACGUUGCAGAACGCAAAAUGGAGAAGAAGAAGCAGAAGGAGCAAGAACAAGGUGUCAUUUUGUUUUAGUAUGGCUGUGGAUCCACUCAUGUUUUAUUAACCGCUACACUUUGCAGCCUCACCAACCAUGAGAAAGUCAUGAAAUCAGAGCAGAGCACUUCCAGUUAGCACUCAUGCAGGAGUAAAUAAAACACAUUAAUCUGCAUGUCCGAAGUGACGUGUUAUGUUGUUUCUCACAGCGCAGUGUUCUGUGACCCUUGUUUUAUUAAUGCUGAUUUUAUUAGUGGGUUGACUUGGUCAUAAUGAAAUUUAAAUGAUCUGAUUUAACAUCAGACAGAAAAUCUUUGGUUUUAUUUCUGGUCAGCUGAGCAGGUCAUGCUGUAAGAGGUUCCUAUUUCAGCUAAUAAAACAAAAUGUUUCUCUGUAACGAUGUGCACCAGGGGGAAAAACAAAAGUCUCAUUAUCUGGAUUACUCAUUUGAAUAAGAAAUAUUGAUGCAUGAUGAUUUUGUGACAGCUUGUUUUUUUUGUCUCUCAGCAGUGGGAGCAGCAUCCAGUGGAGGGGACUUUAUGUCUGAUCUCUUCAAUAAACUUGCAAUGCGACGGAAAGGUAAGGGUUCUUUUUGAUCUCAGAAACUGCUGCAAACGGCUGAGAUACAUGUAGUAAAUACUGUUUACCAUCUCUUCUAUAGGCAUAUCUGGGAAGGGCCCUGCGGGUGGAGAAACAGGUGAAGCUCCCAGUGGUACAGGUGGUGCAUUUGCUAGAAUGUCAGAUGUCAUUCCACCUCUCCCUGCCCCACAGUCAGCAACAGACGAUGACGACUGGGAGGCGUAACAUGACGGAUGAUUGACGCAUUUAUCAGUCAUUCAUAAUUUUUACAAAAGACUUCAAUAUUUCUCCAAUCACUUUACAAUAUUUUUAUUAUUUAUGAUGAAAAAAAUGGUCCUACCUACAGAACUUUCAGUUAAAAUGAUAAAUAAUUUGUCAAUCCAGUUGAAAUUGAAAUGAUAAACAUUUUAUUGAUAACCACAUUUAUUGUGAAACAUAUUUACAUGAUGAUCAUAAAACAGGUAUGAGUAGAAGUCUAACUCAAAUCAUCUCACUAACAACUCUCCAUUAAAUAAAAGUAAUUUUUGCAUUACAUAA